UUACGCACCGGUGCGCAAUUACUGCGCAGCAAACCCGCUGCAGGACGCACACAAACUUUGGAAACAGCCUUGCUUUCGUCAUCUAUUUCAUUCAGGUACUCGAAAAAUAAGCGAUGUCGUCCAAACAAGUCUUUUCGUGUCCGAAUUUAAUUGAACGGAGCUGAUGCCGGAGUGAUAGCAACCUUAGAUUUCACACGAAGGAGAGAGAGAAAGCCAGUGUCAUGUCGACGGAACAUCCCUCAGAAGAGCCGGACAGUUUCUCUGACGGCGAGGACAGUCCGGGAGAAGACUCGGUUGGCUUUGGGGAUGAUCUGGAGUUAAAUCGCUUCGACGGGUUGCCCUUUUCCUCUCGUUACUACAAAUUAUUAAAAGAGAGGAAGACUCUGGCCGUGUGGAAGGUUAAGUGUCAGUUUGAGGAUGCUCUGCUGAACAACCAGCUCCUUAUUGUGUCUGCAACCGCAACGACGGGGAGGAGUACACAGAUCCCUCAGUGGUGUGCAGAGUUCUGCCUGUCUGCUCAGUACCGGCAUGGCAUGGUGGUGUGCACUCAGCCCAGCAGGCAGCAGGCCGUAGAUCUGGCCCUGCGCGUGGCUGAUGAAAUGGAUGUGAACAUAGGCCACGAAGUGGGCUACACCAUCCCUCUGGAGACCUGCUGCUCCUCUGACACGGUUCUGAGGUACCUCACUGACGAUAUGUUAUUGAGGGAGAUGAUGUCAGACCCUUUCCUGGAGCGCUACGGGGUGAUUCUCGUCGACCAGGCCCACGAGAGGACGGUGAGCACGGACGUACUCCUGGGUCUCCUCAAGGACAUCCUGCUGCAGAGGCCUGAGCUCAGGGUGGUGGUCUUCACGGUCCCGCCCAUGACGGAGAAGCUCGUGAGACACUACGGCGGCGUCCCGCUCGUCAGCCUGGAGUCCCCCUGCACUGCUGAGGUGGUGCACAGCAGCACCAGCAGCAAAGACUACUUCUACUCAGCCCUGAGGCUGGUGCUGGAGAUCCACCGGACCAAAGAGAGCGGAGACGUGGUCGUGUUCUUCGCGUCGGAUGAGGAGGUCUACAGCGCUUGCAAUAUCCUUCAGAGUGAGAGCUCCAGGUUGGGAGGGAAGUUGGACCAAAUCGUGCCCGUGGUCCUGUGCCCGAGCCAGCAAGGACCGGUUCCCGCUCUGAGCGAGGAGGCCGUCCCCACCAAGUCCAGGAGGGUGUUCCUCUCUACCCAGCAAGGAGAAGACGCCUGGUGCACUGUGGAGUCUGUCAACUUUGUUGUUGACACCGGGGUCCAGAAAAAAAUGGUUUACAAUCCAAGAGUGAGGGCCAACUCUGAGACGCCUCAGCCCAUAAGUGGAUGCCAGGCAGAUCUCCGCAAGCAGCUGUGUGCAGCAACAGGGAAAUGUUUCCGCCUGUAUCCAGAGGCGAGCCUGCAACAGGCAGAGACCCCCCCACAGAUGUUGGACUCUAACAUUACACCAACAGUUCUCUUCCUGAAGAGGAUGGAGAUAGCAGGCCUCGGACAGUGCCAUUUCAUCGACAGGCCAGAUCCGGAGGGCUUGAUGCAGGCGCUGGAGGAGCUGGACUACCUCGCCGCGUUAGAUGAUGAUGGCAACCUGUCUGAAAUUGGCAUCAUCAUGUCUGAAAUCCCUCUGGAUCCUCAGAUGGCCAAAGCUCUGCUGGCAUCCUGCGAGUUUGACUGUGUCAGUGAGAUGCUGACAAUCACAGCCAUGUUAUCCGCACCGAGCUGCUUCCUGGAGCCGUCUGCUGGCUUGACCCACGAGGCGGCUCGGUGUCACAGAAAGUUCCAGCACCCGGAGGGCGACCACUUCACCCUCGUAAACAUCUUCAAUGCCUUCAAACAAAGCCAGAAGGAACAAUAUACAACUGCUGAAAAAUGGUGCCAGGACUAUUUUCUGGAUCAUUCAGCCCUUAAGACGGCGGAGGCCAUCAGAUCAGAGCUGAUUAACACCCUGAACAGGAUUGAACUUCCCAUUUCUGUACCUUGCUUUGGAACCAAGACGAACACCAACAACAUCAAAAGAGCUCUGCUGGCUGGAUUCUUUAUGCAGAUUGCUCGGGAUGUGGACGGCUCGGGAAAUUACUUCAUUUUGACACACAAGCACAUGGCUCAGGUGCACCCGCGCUCUGGUUACGGAGCUCAGUCCCACAAGCUGGGCCUGCCGGAGUGGGUCGUCUUCAACGAGUACAACCUGUCCCAGAACAGCCUGAGAAUAGUCUCAGAAAUUUCCCCUCAGGUGUUCAUUCAAAUGGCACCGCUGUACUUCUUCUACAACCUGCCCUCUAGUGAGAGCAAAGACAUCCUGCAACACAUGCUGGAGUCUGAGGGAUCCAGACAGUCCGGCAAGGAUCCAUCUAUAAAACACGGCAGCGACUCUCGUGGCAACUGUGCAGAAGUGACCCCCUCUUACGACCGAUGCAUAAUUCAGUGAGCUGAAGCUGCAACAGGAUGUCAAACUGCUUGUUAAAAACAGUAGUCAAAUGGAGGCCUCAGGCUGGAAUAAUUUAUAAGGUUUUUGUGGUCACUUGUACACGGCUGGCAUUUUGUAAACUACAGCACCAGUUAUUGUUUCAUACUACAAACAUGGCUGCUGCCUUUUUUUUGUGUGUGU